GCAGGCGCGGGAGGGCGCGGGAGGGCGGGGGCGGCUUCUGCGCCUGCGCACCCGGAGCGUUCCCGGCAGCCUUCGGUCUAAGAUGGUGUCGCUCAAGUCCGUGUCCCUCCCUGCCUGAGGGGACGCCGAGGGACUGCUGCUGCUGCGUUCCAGCUCGCGUUGCUCGGCGAGCCGCAGAAGCAGAGGCAAGGGGUGCGAUGGCCGCGGUGGUGGCCAAGCGCGAGGGGCCGCCGUUCAUCAGCGAGGCCGCCGUGCGGGGCAACGCCGCGGUGCUGGAUUACUGUCGGACCUCGGUGUCGGCGCUGUCGGGGGCCACGGCCGGCAUCCUCGGCCUCACCGGCCUCUACGGCUUCAUCUUCUACCUGCUGGCCUCCGUCCUGCUGUCCCUGCUCCUGAUUCUGAAGGCGGGAAGGCGGUGGAACAAGUACUUUAAAUCUCGAAGACCUCUCUUCACGGGAGGCCUUAUCGGAGGCCUCUUCACCUAUGUCCUGUUCUGGACUUUCCUCUACGGCAUGGUGCACGUCUACUGAGACGAGGGCAGGGGUGACUUUAGAAAACCAAGCGAAAUCCAGAUCGGGAAGACGGUUGCCAGAAACCAACACCGUGUAGACUUAGUUUCCAAAUUGUUGAGUUCGCUGCUUGUUCUUUACUGUUAAAAUGUAUAUAUGAAGACAGAGAGCCUGUAAUAUUCUUCAGAUUAAAUGAAGUGUGACACUUUGUCGAGUUCUUUCCUACCUUAAUGCAUACUCAGCCACCAUUGGAAAUCGCCAGGAUUUGACUCCUGGAGAACAGGCAUAGCCUGUAAUUUUCUUGAAAGUACACCUAGUAGGUCCAAAGGGGCCUCUGGGGCUUAGGUGAGAGAACUUAAUGUUAACAUCCUAAGAACUAAUAACAGUUCAUAGUUAUUACCCGCUCUCUGUGUGCCAGGCAUUGUGCCUUGUAUUUUUUACAUCAGGUAUCAUUUAAUUCUAGCAAUAAAUAACUCAGUGGAGAUGUUACUGUUAAUCAAUCUUCUUCUGUUGGUGGAACCUGAAGUUCAGAGAGCUUAGAAGCCUCUGCCAGGGGUGGCCCAGCUCGGAAGAGGCAGACCCAGGAUCUAGUUACAGGUCUCUGCACUUGCCCUUGCUGUGUUGGCUGAGUGUACCUUUCCAGCAUCCCCUCCCACUAAUUACCACUUUCAGGUAUGAAUGAAACCAAUUCAAUUCCAUUUCACCUGGUCACAGCUAGUUGUCUUUCUUACAAGGAAAAAAAAAAAGCUAUUUUUCUAAAAUGUGUCCUACAGUGAUCAAAUAGAUUUGGGCAUUUAAGCUAAACUGUAGGUUUGUUUUGAGUAUAAUGCCUUGGACUGUAUAUUCAUUCAUAAUCCUUUCUUGUCAGAAGGGUUAUCUUCAGAAUGAAAUACAUAGGUUCAAUCGAAAAAUAAAUAAUUGUAUUAGACUUAA